UUUUAGUAAAAGUAGAACUAUGUGGAAGGUUAUUCACUUCUCCGUAUUGAUUCUACUGUUUGUGGCAUUCCAACAACCAUGUUCAAGUCAAGAAACUGGACCCGAAUUAGCGAAUAUCACCGUCAUAGUUAACGGCGAAGAACGUACAUUUGCAGUGGAGAAACAAUACCUCCCAUUGUUUAGCGAAUUAGCAAAGGCAAUUGUCGAAAGCUUGAAUGGGGACUUGGACGAGUGCAAGUCAGGAGUUCAUACUUGCAACCUUACAGCGGAGCAUUGUGUAAACUUGGAUGGAAAUUUUCAUUGCCCAUGUAAAGAUGGAUACGUCCGACACACAACUAACGCGACAUGCGAAUUGGAUCUUUGCAAACAAAGUGGUACAAAUUGCACCGGACUAAAAGUUUGCAACAACGAUGCUGCUGAUUUACGAUGCAUAUGCAGGGACGGGCAUGUAGAGAAUGGCACCGAAUGCGUGGUGAUAACUUCGUGCGACGCAAAUGACUGUCCAGUAAAUUCUACUUGCGUAGAAGACGGCCAGUCUUAUAAUUGCAUUUGUAACAGCGGGUAUGAACUCGAAACCGCAACGGGAUCUGGUGGAAUGCAGAGUAGUUCGUGCGAAGACAUCGAUGAAUGCACUGUUGGUACUCAUGAUUGCGAUAACAAUGCUGAUUGUAGCAACACAAUUGGUUCAUUUACAUGCAUGUGUCAGUCGGGAUAUACUGGAAACGGGAAGAAUUGUACAGAUAUCAAUGAGUGUGCUUCAGAUCUUACAAACGACUGUUCACAAUCAUGUACAAAUACAAAGGGAAGUCACACUUGUGAGUGUUACGAUGGAUUCUCUGGCGAUGGUAUUAACUGUGAAGAUAUCAAUGAAUGUUUAAACGGGGAUGCGAAUUGUCACGCCACACUUGCAACGUGUAAGAAUACACAAGGCAGUUCAGAAUGCCAUUGUAAUGAAGGAUACUCAGGAGACGGCGUAACGUGUGCAGAUGUUAACGAAUGUACGACAGCACAAGACAAUUGCAACGAUACUCUUGCAACUUGCGGUAAUACAGAAGGAAGUUUCGAAUGCACAUGCAUGAAUGGGUAUACAGGAGAUGGAGUUGACUGUCAAGAUAUUAAUGAAUGUACAGACGAUACGCACGACUGUAACAUGCAAACAGAAGUAUGUGUCAAUUCACCGGGUGAUUUUUCUUGCGAAUGUGCGCCAAAUUACGAAAGACAUAGUUCAGGUCUAUGCGCAAUAGAGGGGUUUGCGACAACGGCAUCGAUAACCACUCGGCUAAGCUCAAGUUCAAGAAAACGUCGACAGACCUCUGAUAUUGCAACAGAACUUGAAAAAUUCCUUACUAAUUUGUUGAGUGGCAGAGGACUUGACGCCGACGUGAGUGUGCAAGUGAUAAGCGAAACAUUUAACAACGCUGACAAUUCAACUAUAUACGAACUUUUAAUUUCGGCUGAUCCUCAAUUGGCAACAUUUCUUCAAGAGGCCUUUACAAAUUUGGAAGGGCAAACUCUUGGUGGCCUGACUAUUGCAAAAAUAUCUUACAAAGAGACACUGACAUUUGAAGGAAGCGUAAAUCUUGCAGGGACUGGUUUAACAGAGGAUGAUAUUUGUACUCGGGUCGAAGAUUAUGUUCGAAAUGAUCUCACGUUAUCCAACACAAUUACGGCUACCACCGAAGUUUUCUGUAAUUCUACUGCAACGGGGAAUGUUGUUGAUUUCAACCUCACAGUCGCUGGUGCUGAUUCCGGAACUGUAGAUCUGGGAUUGAUUUUGCAACAAUUUAGCAAUUUCACUAUCAAUGCGACGGUGAGUUGUCUGUUGAGCCCUUGUUUACCUGACGCAACCUGUACAGAUGUAGGAUUCGGUUCAAGAAAAUGUAGCUGCAACCUCAAUUUGUAUGAUAACGACAUCACUGAACCCGGAACAAAUUGCGUUAACCCGAUCCACACCGUAUACUGCAACAAAGACCAAAUCGGAGUCGAGUUAUACGCUGCAUAUUUCACCGACCUUGGUCUCGAAGCAGCUAAUAUUCAUCUGAUCGAUGAAACUUGCACUGGAGUAGUUAACGUUUCCAACCUCGCCUUUCGCAAUAAUUUGGGAACUUGUGGCUGGGUGACGGAAUACGACGGAGAUCAGAUCAUCUAUAAAAACAAUGUAACGAACGUGAUAAAUAGUGUUGCAACACAUCAAAUAGCAAUAAUGUUUCCAGUCAGUUGUUCCUAUUCCCGACAGUUUGGAACUGGAGACAAUGAUCAGACAUCACCUUCAAUUACUGUUCUUCCAUCGACGGUAAUUAUAACUGAUGCAUCUGGUACGGGGGAACUAGAGGUUACGCUAGCAGUUUUUGAUAACGACAAUUUUUCCUUGGCUCUGGACAGUAAUAAAGUUAUGGAAUUUGGCGACCCACUGUUCGUUGAGCUCACCCAUUCCGCGUCAGCUACGGAUAACUAUUUGAAAGCAACAGACUGCUGGACCACACCUUCCGACGACCCAGAUGAUACAACACGACAUGAUGUGAUCACGGACGAGUGUCCAGCUACCUCUGCUUCUGUUGACAUAAUAUCCAACGGAGAUGGACAGACGGCCAGGUUCAGGGUGAGCGUUCAGCCCUUUGUGAAUGAAGCUAAACUAUACGUUCAUUGUAAUGUCGAAGUCUGUCAGUCAUCCUGUCAGAAGACCUGUACUACAAAAAGGCGAAGAAAGCGAAAUGCAAACGAUGGGAAGUCAAAUACCGUUUCAGUGGGUCCGAUUACAACCCAAGAAACAGAGGAUAACGAAGAUGUGUCGGCUACAAGUUCCAAUACUGCGGCUAUUACAUUGGGGUGUAUUUCGGCGGUUCUUCUCAUUGGCCUGACCGUGCUUGUCGUUCACCGAGUUCGAAAGAAAUCCAACGAAGGAGAAGGCAUAACAAUGCGAAGAUUUUGGUGAAGAGAAUUAAGUGAAAAAAGUUUUCGAGAUUUAAAGUAUCGUUAAAUUUUGAAUGUUUUUUUUAUACUUCACGUAGCCAUAUGUAUUUUUCUUGUAUAACAUUUUAGCUUACGUUCUAGGAAAUUUACCUAAACUGUCAAAUACAAAUACAAGAAAAACUUUUUUCUCUGUAAUGUGUUACAUAUAAACCGUGUUUACCCAAAAAUAAGACCUAGCCUGAAUUCUUAAAAGGAUUUUAAUAUAAGCCAUCCCAUUAAAAUAAGAC